UGUGCGUCUCGGUGCGCUUGAGGUCGCUGUUCUUGGCGUCACCUCUCUCUUUUCUCUUUCGAUUUUGGAGUAAAAAUGGAGAAACACUACACGAACUCACAAGUCAAAGGAGUCAGCACAGGGACCACCAUCCUGGCUGCCACCUUCGAUGGAGGGGUCGUGAUUGGGUCAGAUUCCAGAGCUUCCAUGGGAGGGGAGUAUGUUUCAUCAAAGACCAUCAACAAAGUGAUCCAGGUUCAUGACCGCGUCUUCUGCUGCAUGGCUGGCUCGCUGGCAGAUGCUCAGGCCGUCACCAAAGCUGCAAAGUUUCAGUUAGCCUUCCACAGUGUGCAGAUGGAGGCCCCUCCUUUAGUGAUAUCAGCAGCAUCAGUGUUAAAAGAACUGUGUUACAAAAACAAAGAAGAGCUUCAGGCCGGCUUCAUCACAGCAGGAUGGGACAGGAAGAAAGGUCCACAGGUGUACGUCGUGUCUCUUGGCGGGAUGAUGGUCAGGCAGCCGGUUACAAUCGGCGGCUCUGGCAGCACUUACAUCUACGGAUAUGUUGACGCCAAAUACAAACCGGACAUGAGCAGAGACGAAUGUCUACAGUUUGCCACUAAUGCUCUUGCCCUGGCCAUGGGCAGAGACAACGUCAGUGGGGGCGUGGCUAACCUGGUGGUGAUCACGGAAACGGGGGUGGAGCAUGUGGUGGUACCUGGCAGCAAGCUACCCAAGUUCCAUGAUGAAUGACACCUUUAAUGAAUUGAAUAUACUUUUGUAUCACAAGUUAAAUGUACUCAGUUCUUCAGUAACAGUUUAAUCAAUCAUUUUCUGUCAUAAUGCUUGUUGAACACAUGAAACUAAAUGUAAUUGCCUGGUAAUGAGACAUUUGUGAAAGGGAAAUAUGUUGUCUAAAAACUGUUGGGUCUUUAUUAUGUGAUUUAAAUGCAUAUUCUGCUUCCCCCUCUCUUAAAGUAUGCAGAAAGUACGUUUAUGAAAGCUCUUUUUGUGGAAAUAAAAAAUGAUUAUAAACCAAA